UCGUUUUUGAGCGACUACUGUGGCAGCAAGCGAGAACCGUCGAAAUGUUAUGACAUGCAAAAUCCGGCAAGAAAGCCAGCAACAACAAACACUUACACUCGAAAAGGUUUGCGCAUCGCGCUGUCGACGCCGACAGCGACGUCGCGUCUCUGCCUAGGCGGGCAGAUCUCAGGUGAGCCGAGAUCUUACCUGUGAGCCCGACUUAGCUGCUAAGCUCGCUUCAGUUCGAUUCUUGAGGCCGUUUAGAUCGGUUCUGUUUGGCGACACGCGCACUAAAAAGUUCUUCGCUGUGAGAAGAAGUCGUGAGGAGAAGAAGGAAGGAGUAGACCGCCACUUAAACAAUCGCCAAGAGAAUCGAAUCGGUUUCCAUAAACAGCAGCCUGCCUGAUCAGCUGAGUGUUUCGCGAGCCGCAUUUAAAUAAAUUAUACACAUCAUAAAACCCUAAUUAAAGAGACUGACAACCGGAGCGAGACUCUGCUUAAAAAUACUCCAGAUUGUGAUACUAAUUAACUUAAAUUGUGUGUGUGAUAAAUUACUGUAAUAAUCAAACAAAUCCCGAGAACAAAACAAACAGAAAAUUACAAAUUAACAAAAAUGCAGGACUAUUGGCACAUUCCCCGCGCCUCGCUGGCCUCUUCCUCGAGCUCGGCCAUCAGUUCGGCGAGCUCCUGCAAGUCCUCGAACAAAUCGCACUCGAAUCCGCCCACCCUGAACCAGCGUAGUUUGCCCAGCAACAGUAGCACUACUAACAACAAUAAUACAAGUGCCGCAGUGACGGCCGCGGCAGCGGCAGCAGUACUGGCGGCCGCCAAGCGGGGAUCGAGAAGUUCGCAGGGCUCCAGCGACAGCAACAACAGCACACGGAGCGCUGCUUCCGGCUCACUGCUGUUGACGGCAGCGAAUCUGGAACGCUUUGCGGAGAUCCACAAGAAGCAGGAGCGGCACAACAAAAUGCUGAUGCCCAGCAAUCCAUCGUCGUCCAACUACAAUGCCAACCUAACGCUCGCCAGCGGUAAGGAUGCGGUGAUUGCCAUCGAGGGCCAGCCGGAAGAUGUGGAUCCCAAUUUGCAGUACGUGAAAACCAAAGACCUGGACACCGUAUCCAUCGCCAGCUCCAUGCACUUCACGAUGGUCAAUGGGGAGGGUGGUCCGCCCAAGAAACCGAAGCGCGGUCUCUGCGAUCGGGGACGCCAGGUCACCGUGUUGAUUGUGAGCAUGAGCACCAUCUUUAUGCUGCUCAUUAUGGGAAUGGUCUAUGCGCUGGAGAUGCGCGCCCGUGACAUGCCCAAGAGCUAGGACUCAAUCUUUCUGCCUAGCCAAUUAGUUUAUUAUUUAUUGUAUUGUCUUUGUCCCCCAUUAUUAUUAUUAUUGUUAUCGUGUCGUCUUGGCGCUAGUUGUGUAAGCUAUUUAUUAAACGAUUGUUUGGAUGGAGAGUCGAGUCAGUCGAAGCUGGGAAAUUUCAUUAGUAUUAAGCGCGCUAUGCUACGGAGACAGAGAAACAUACAAGGAACUAGAUCUGGAGCGGAUCGGAUAAUCGCCGCCUGGCAUCAGAUAAUGCUGUACUUUCUGGUUAGCAAUUAAGUUAUUUAUCCCUGUGAUAUGUUUAAUAAAUUGAAUUUUAUAAUUGUA